AUCCCCCGCUGAAAGAGAAGAUGUUUAGAAGGAGAAUACCUUUGACACAGAUGGCGUUUGCCGCGCUGCUGGGAGUCACAGGUGGUUUUUAUAUCUACAAACCUUAUUUUGAGUCUGAGACAAAGACUUCAGCUCAGCAGAACCUGAAGAGUCCAGAGAAACAGAGUGAAACAGAGUGAAACAGACUGACCGUGAUGACGAGAGAACGAUAAAGAUAUGAUUCUUUGUCUAAAUGAACAAAUAAACAUUUGAUUUUUUUAAUGAAAA